AUGGCGAAAGCUAAGCAACAGAAAUCUAAGCUUAAGAAACAACCGCAUCAGGUGAAGAAGAAGAAGCAAGGCAAAGAUUGUGAUCCCUCUCAGUUUCGUGCUCAGCUUGACGCCUUAGGGCUUAAGAUCAUCCAAGUGACUGCAGACGGUAACUGUUUCUUCAGGGCACUCGCCGAUCAGUUACAAGGCAAUGAGGAUGAACACAGCCAGUACCGUAGCAUGGUUGUACAGUAUAUAGUGAAGAACCGUGAAAUGUUUGAGCCUUUUAUCGAAGAUGAUGUUCCGUUUGAUGAUUACUGUAAAAACAUGGACGAAGAUGGAACUUGGGCCGGGAAUAUGGAACUACAGGCAGCUUCUCUUGUCACACGCAGCAAUAUAUGUAUCCACAGGAACAUGUCACCGCGUUGGUAUAUACGCAACUUUGAAGAUGCUAGAACUCGCAUGAUCCAUCUGUCUUACCACGAUGGGGAACACUACAACAGUGUGCGCUUGAAGGAAGAUGCUUGUGGAGGAGGACCAGCCAAGCCCGUUGUAAUAGAGGCUGAUGCUAAAGUAUCAGCAGCAUCUAAACAAGCGAAAGCCACUGAGAGCAAGUCCAAAAACAGAGCUGAUAACUGUAAUGUGGAUGCUGUGGCAAUCAAAGUAGUCAUGUCGGGUAGUUGCUGUGACAAUGCUGAGAAAGCUGAACAGGUUCUAGUACAAGUAAACGGUGAUGUGGAUGCUGCGAUUGAUUUUUUGAUAGCGGAGCAAGGAAUGGAGUCUUUGACUGAAGACUUUUCAGAAACUGCAGAUAUCACAAAUCAGGAGGAAGCAAGUGAGAGUACCAUGGAAAGCACCAAGAAACCCAGAGAAGAAAUAAUGAAUGAGGAGGAAUCAGCUGGCUGCAGUAACAUCGAAACAGUCCAUGCCAAGUGCAGUUCACAGACCGAUGAUAAGAAAGUCCCGAGGAAUAAAUCGUGUCCAUGUGGUUCAAAGAAGAAAUACAAGUCCUGCUGCGGAACAGCAACUGGGAGAUCCUCGGUUAAGCUGUUAGUGAGCCAGACAAUGGAGUCGAAGAAGGGGAGAAAGAAUCUGAGGAGAGGAACAUCGAAUGAAGUUGAAACAAAUGUACCAGAUGUGGGUGCUCUUUGUAUAUAA